CUCUUGUACACAAUUCGACUAGUCAUGGUGACAUAAAUCGGUAUAAAGUUUCAUGUGGGAAAUGCCAGGCGAUAAUUGCGCUCCGAUGGGUUGUGGGACGUGUCGAAGAACUAAAGGUAUCGGUAUUUUUAAACUCCCAGCGCCUAAGAACGAGGAAUAUGAGGCAUGGAGAUCACACUGUUGAACGAACUCACCGAAACAAGAGUAAUUGACAAGCAUUUUCGAGCGCAGAUUGACAAGGACAAAGUAUUUAAAGAAGAAGACAUCGAAACGUGUAAGUGCCAAGUUUUAAAUGAUUCUGGUACGAGGUCUUGUAGUCCCGAAUAAAAACAAUAUCACUUAAUAAACUGACGAAAAUCUACAUAUUGACCAUCGAGUCACGCUUUACAAAGUAUCAAUUAUAUGAAUUAAUAUUGCCAAUGCCAAUAGCGUAUUAUAUUAAACGUAGUCAGCAAGCUUUCUAGUUCUUUGUAGUUUUUGAGACGGUAUGAGCGAAUCAAGUUUUAUCUAAAAUGGCCUAAAAUGUGAGUUGAUCAAAAGUGUAAAUCUAUAAAGUAUAAAAUGUGUCGUGUUGAUGCAUUAUACUCAGUAAUACACACGUUUUGAUUUUGAUUUCUACUCAGUAUAAAUACACACGUUUAAUUUGAAGUGAUUCAUGCUUUAUACUAUUAAUUUAAUAAUCAACAAAAUAUCAAUUUUGGUUUAUAAGACAAUUACAAACAAUCAUAACACUAACAGACUAUAUGUAAUAACAAUUACAGUAAUACUGUACAUAACAUACAUUAAUUCCCUUUGAGCUAUUUUAAACUAUUUUAAAGCGCUGUAAAACAAUGUUAAAAUUACAUCAAAUCAAAAUUUCUCUACAAUUUCUUUGUCCUGCAUGAACUUGAGAUAUAUUGCUUGACUGUGCAUUAAACAUUUCGAGUGAGCUAUUAUAGUGAGUAUUUGUAACACGAUUAAAAUUCUUUUUACACUACAUGUAUCUAUAGUUUUAAUUCAUAAUAAACUCGGAGAAGGUAGUGGUAUGGCCUGGGGGGAUGAGGGGGGCAGACACCCCUGCCCCAAAUGGUCCCAAAACUGUUGUCAUAAAAAGUCAAUAUCUGGAGAGAAAUUGUGUGGAGAUAUAUUAUUCUGAUAUACUUUAAAUAUAGAAUAAAACUAAUCUCAGAAGAAUGCAGGAAAUUACGUUUCAGAGACCCUAGAAAUCAUAAUUUUCUUGGGGGAGCAUGCUCCAAGAUCCCCAAGACUGCUUGCCCCUUUGGCAUGUUGAAAAUUUUAUUUUGUAAUAUAUACUUUUGCCUCCCCUAAAAUUUCAGACCCCGAGGAUGCACUGACAGAAGGUCCAAAAUUAUACAACUAUUAUUUCUCUAUUUUUGGUAAGCCAUUUAUCAACUUUGUUAAUAGUGAGGGAUAUACUGUAAAGUCUUUACUGUUACAGUAUAAAAGUUCAUGUGAUAUAAUUUUAUUGGCAUUUCGGUUUUUCUUUGUACCAGAAUAUACUGUAAUUUAAUUAAACAGUACAGAAAUGCAUCUGUUUGUUUAAGCCCCGUUUACAUGAGCAAAUUUUAUUUGACAAAUUUCAUUUGAUCAAAUGCAUUUGAUCAAAAGCUGGCAUGCUAGGUUUUGUUCAAAUGCAUUUGUCACAAUAAAUUUGUCACAAAUUUAUCAUCUACACGAGCAAGAUAUCUUUGACAUAUGAAAUUUGUCAAAUAAAAUUUGCUCAUGUAACAGGACUUUAUUAGUGAAACUAAAAUAGAGUUGUUCUUUUGAUAGCAGGAACUGAGAAAAUGACAAAGAAGAAGCCAGUUUUUGGAGCUUUACCACUGCCUGAUGUGCCAAGUCGAGCCCACAAUCAUUGAGUACAAGGUCCGGUUACCUAUCAGAAGUUUUACUCUCUUGCAGAGGUUCAAAAGCAAGUUUUGAAAUUAAAAGAAUUAAAAAGAAACUGGAAUGUUGAAACAUGGGAUGAUAGAAUAACAAUGCACAACUUGUAAUAACAUAGAGUGACUUGUAUUUUUGUACAACAUCUUUGGCAAGGGAAAAUGCUUGUACUUUAAAUACAGAUAAACAAUUUAAUUUAAAAUGUCUUUGGUAACUUGUUUUUCUGGUUUAAGUUCAGAAUUGGCAAUUAGGGAAUCAAAUGCUGAUAAAUGUCAGGGUGUGAUAUUGACCUAAACAAAAUUAUAUUAACAUCUACCUUAUUUUCAUUAAUGGAUGUAGUUAUCUCUAAAUAGGUUUUCAGUUUUAAAUAUAAUCAUCUGGGCAUUUGAAUUUAUAGCCCACAAACCACCACGGUUUAAACAUGAAACCAAUUUUUGGUCAUCAAUGUCUGUAGUACGAGCAGCUCCAAAAAUACAAAUUGCUUGCUGAUAUUCUGGUGAUUUCCACUUUGGGCUGUUUUUCGAUUUUUUGUGUAAGUUGUGAAAAACAUAGCCACCAAGGUAUUGUCCUCCAGAUAGUCCCCUUUCUGAUAGGAUAGUAUUUGUAGUGCUAGUUAUAUCCCUGGACCAUCCAGAUGGGUCGACAUCAACUGAGUUCUUGUCUUUCUUUGCAAGAAAUAACAUAUGAUCAGCAACUUUAGUGGCAAGGAAUGUUGCUGUCUUCUCAGCAAAUCCAGGAAAAUAUCUUGUAGCCUUGGGUGGUACCUCACUAAAAUACUGUGUAUAAAAUUUCUCCACGUUGCUCUUUUUCUGAUAUUCUCUGUAAAGCUUUCGCAUUAUUUUCAUUUCACAAGUAUCUUCCCCAAGAACCAGACAGCAUGAUGCAAGUUCAUCCCACGCUGUCUUUGGAUAACAGGCAUUUUUGCUCAGUUUUAAUGCAGUCUCUUCUACAAUCUGGGAAAGAAGGUGAGUUUUUAAGUCAUCUUGGCAAACAUUGCCGCUGUGGUUGGUUUCAUGACCAUGCUUUGCAUUGGUGUGCCUUUUUAAUCCAGAUUUGCUUUUGCAUUUUUUGCCACACAUCUCGCAAAUAAAGUGCACAGUUUCAAC